AUGUACUGGCCCAUCGGGGCGCCCAAAACGUAUGCUGCUUCUAAGCAUGUAGUUCGCAGCACCAAUUCACCCAUUCCCGACCACAACGAUCUUGACAAGCUCGCCGUCACUCCGCUCUCACCCGACGCUGGACAACUUACACCUCUGGUCUUGGAGCACGAGCAGACACCUUUCGAGCAUGCGGUCUCGCCCACGCCUUUAUCGGAGGACCACAAUGGCACAGAAGAGCAGGAAAUAGUGGAUAUCAAAACAUCUCGCGCUGGCAACAUAUUUACCACCAUCACCACCUCGUCGCUUAGUGUAUGGCAGACCAAGCCCACCGCUCUGCUCGCUACAGUCAUAAGAUCGACUCAUUCUCUGGAAACAUAUGGCCCGAAUACAUCUGUCCUGCUGCGUCCCGAUGCCCUCAUAGUCAUUGUGCAGACUCAGAAAGGCUUUCUCAUAACGUACUCCCUGGCCAUCGAUCCGGCUGCCCGAGUAUACCAAACGUCCAUCUUCACUCCCUCCGGAUCUCAUGUCCGACGGCCAAGCAAUGAAGGGUACAGUAAGAGACCAAAUCUAAUCCCUGAAGGAGGACCUGCAGAAGGCGAAGGCAUCAGGGAAGUCAGUGUACGCUUUCGUAUGGUAAUCCGGAUAGACGCUGGUAUUUCGCAAGCUCUCGUGCUUGAUGACGAGCUUGUUGUAACCACCGUCAAGCCUGCAGCCGUUCAAUGCAUACGUUGGACACCAGAUAAUUCAGGCUCUUCUCACAGUACAGAACUUCUCAAGCGAAUGAGCUGGCUCAUUGGAAGAUCUUCGGUCAUCAACAUGUCAUACGACAGACCGAUGAAUCUUCAUACUUGGGUAACAGAUGACGGUAGAGCGUACGCAGUACAGCGUUUAUCUGGAAGCAGCGCCGAUCCUGCCAAAAGCAAAAGUCUCUUCAAAGGCUUCUGCUUCCAUGCCCCGGAUCAGCCAGGACUUUUUGCAACAAAGUCUGUGAUCAAUGCUCGCUUCUCCCUAAUAGCCGUCGGUUGUUCAAACGGCACAAUUCAAGUCUAUUCUGCAAAGGACUACCUGGGUAAUAUACCACGAUCCCACGAACUGAAGCUACCCGUGUCAGAAGCAUCUUCUGGCAAUCUGACUCUAUUGAGCUGGUCACCAGAUGGCUACUGUCUCUUUGCAGGAUAUGAUCAUGGCUGGGCAAUGUGGAGUGUAUAUGGUAAGCUAGGUGCCAACACUUUCGGUGCGGAUCGAACAAUGUCGGAAGCAAACAACGAGGAGUGGCUGUGUGGCGUGCGCGCUGGUUUCUGGAUCGGUGGUGGUGCAGAAAUAAUGCUCCUUGGGCCAAACCGAAACGAGCUACAUGUUGUUGAGAUGAUGCGGAGCAGUGUGACAAGCUGCUUUGCAAUGCCCAACAUUUCUAGAUCUCUGUUACAAGGAAGCACUAGCUUGAUGCUGUACAAAGGAUUUGAGACUCCGGAUCACACAACCAUAUCUGGCGAUAUCUCCUUGUGGCAGACAGUGCAAGCCCCACAGGCCUAUCUCGCAUAUCAAUGGCCGCUGCGGCUUAGCGUUGUCUCUGCUGAUGCAAGAUAUCUUGCUGUGGCUGGAAGACGAGGCCUCGCACACUACAGCGUUGGCAGUGGACGAUGGAAGACGUUCGAGGAUCCUAUGGCUGAGAACAGCUUUACCGUACGAGGUGGUAUGUGCUGGUGGCAACAUAUUCUUGUGGCUGCCGUGGAAUCCGGAAAUAGUUAUGAGGUCCGUCUGUAUUCGCGCGAGAAGACUCUAGCCAAUUCUCAAGUAUUGCACUCUGAGAUACUGCCAUACCCAGUAGUCUGUAUGGCCACAUCUGGAGAAGACUCUCUAUUGGUGUAUACCUACGAGAACGUCCUACUCCAUUACAUCUUCGUCUCAUCAAACAAGACGGUCAGACUAGCACAAGUUGGUCAGAUUGCCUUCCAUGGCAUUAUCAGGGCUCCACCACGUGUUCGUGCUAUCAGUUGGAUUCUUCCUGAGGAGCAACGUGACAACGGCGAUCCCUCGCAAGACGUUGCCACAGCUUCCGUGCUGUUCCUGGUUGAUGCCAAGUUGGUACUCUUGCAGCCCUCAGCAAACGAGCUCGGGGAGCUGAAGUACGACAUGCGGGUCAUUGCUCAUAACGUGGAGUUCUACACACUCUCGAGGGAACAGCCACCUUCCAUUUCCCCACCAGGCCUUCUUGGAGAUAGUUCUGACAACAAAUAUCUCUCUGCUGGUGCUCUGGGUCACAGCUUGCGCGACUCUUUGUGGUACUUUGAUGGCACAUCAAUGCACGCAUGGCCUGAUGUCCUCGACGUGCUCUCCUCUGCUCUGACGGAGCAUGGUCGUGAGGUGGCGCCCACUGUCGCUAUCACCACCGACUUCUACCCACUGUCUGCGAUUGUGGAAAAAGGACUUCUCACUGGUCUCGAGUCGGAUCUGGUUCAACGUCGUGAUAUCAAUUUUGCAUUCUACCGUCUUAAUCCCCGGACUCACCUGUCUAUACCAUCUCUUCUCCGACAUCAUCUAGCCCAGUACGACUCACCCGCUGCGCUCCAUCUUUCACAUUCUUACCAGAAACUACCUUACUUCGAUCAUGCCUUGGAAGUGCUCCUGCAUGAUGUCCUAGAUGACGAGGUCGAUGCUCCCCCCGAGUCAUCGGAGGCAGCACUCCUUCCUGGUGUCUUGUCGUUCCUCUCCUCGUUCCCAACAUAUCUUGAUAUUGUUGCCGGAUGCACGCGCAAGACUGAAUUAAGAAGCUGGAAAACUUUGUUUCGCUACCUGCCUCCUGUUGCCGAAUUGUUCGAAGAGUCCCUCCGGAAAGAUAUGCUCAAGACGGCAGGAAGUUAUUUGUUGAUUCUGCAUGCUUUCGAUGAAGGUAGCUUCAGUGCGCGUCAGACGUCUACUCUUUUCAAGAGAGCUAAGAACGAGGGUGAUUGGGAUCUCUGCAAGGAACUCGCUCGUUUCCUGGUAGGGAUUGACGAGACCGGAAACCUUCUGAAAAGCGUGCUAUCUCGGGCUGGGUUGAGGGAUGCGGAGCCUGGUGAUAGCUAUGACUCCUCGGACGAGGCUGAUAGCAAGCCAUCUCACGAAGCUCAUGGCUCCAAUGGCGCGUCACUGCAGACACCUGACAGGUCCGAGGGCGAUAGUAGUAACGGUAGCAUCAUCAUUGCUGGCCGCAAUCCUGGUUCAUCUGCACAAGACUAUUUCGCCGAUUCGGCAAGAUACUUGUGA